AUGGGAUCGGUGGGGCUCUUCCGGCUUCAGUCUGAUGGCCGACUGGUGGAACGAACCUGUCUGCAAGAACAUGAGAGACUGGGCGUCGGCGUAAACCGAGAACGGCAGGAGGGGCCCCAUCCGCACAUGGCCCUCUUCGAUGCGCAGGGCAAGCACAUCUUGGUUCCCGAUCUGGGCCUGGACCGUGUUGUCGUCUAUGGCCUUGAUGCCGCAGGUGGGAAGCUGAAGGCGAAAUCACAUUUGGCACUCCCGCCGGGGUCUGGGCCUCGACACAUGGCUUUCCAUCCCGGUGGAAGGUUGGCGUAUGUGCUGAAUGAGCUGCUCUCCACCGUCGUGCCGUGCCAUUGGGAUGCAAAGACGGGAAGUCUGACAGCGAUCGGCGAGCCGAUACCCACCGUGCCUGGGGCGCCAGUGGGUGUCGACGGGCAGACGUUUACUGCAGCAAUCCGGAUUUCAGGAGAUGGUCGCUUUGUCUACGUGUCCAACCGUGGCCACUGCUCCAUUACCGCCUUCCGAGUGUUAGACGAUGGGCUCUUGGAGCGCAGCAGCAGUGCCUUCACGGGCCCCGGUGUGCGCGACGAGGAGCGCGAGGUCGCAUGGCCUCCUCGAGACUGUCCCAGGGACUUCGCUCUCUGUGGCAAGGAUCAAUGGCUCGUAGCGGCCAAUCAGGAUAGUGACUCGGUGGUGAUCUUUCGGCGAGAUGCGACAAGCGGGGCGCUUGUCCAAGAAGGACCCACUGCAGAGUGUGUUGCGCCCGCCUGUGUGCUGCCCUUGUUCUGA